GCUGCCAGCGCCGCCUCACUCAGCUGGGACCUCCGGGAGCCCCGCAGCCGGGCCGGCAAAAUCCGCGUGCACCCGCGGGGCAACCUCUGGGCCACCGGUCACUUCAUGGGCAAGAAGAGUCUGGAGCCCCCCGGCUCAUCCCUACUGGAGACAGCUCCCCACGCCUCUCUGGGGGACCAGAGACUGCAGCUGAGUCAUGAUCUGCUCAGGAUCCUCCUGCUGAAGAAAGCUCUGGGCAUGAGCCCCGGCGGCCCAGCACCUCACACCCAGUAUAGGAGGCUGCUGGUGCAAACGCUGCAGAAGUGAUGCCAUUAAUGAGGAAGACACAACGUGGCUUAGACUGUGCGCACCCCGGGAAGGUGCUGAAGGGGACCCUGGUAGUGGCCCCAUCUGGAUGUA